CUUAGAUUGGAUAUUGUGUUUGUAUGGGAGGGAGGCUGCUGCUAUGUGUUUAGAUUAAGGCGAGCUAUUCUCCGCUGACUUCUUUGCAUUUUGCAUCAGCACAGCUCUCAAAGCUAGGCAGAGAUUAGCAACAGUCUACUACUGUACAACCCAGCAACCAGAACACUCACACGUACACACACAGACAGACGGAGCAGACAAGCAGGGACUGGAGAGGCUAAGGUACAGAGGAGACUGUUUGAAGAACCCUAUAGCACUUGGCUGGCAUGCUGAAGACUUCCUUCUGCAUAUAGUAGGUAAAAGACUAUGCACUUCAAAAGCAGAGAGAAGACAUGUUAAGCACUUUGAUCAACAUGCUGAAAAACUUAACAGAGAGCAACUCUGAAGCUACAUCGAUGUUUGAACUGUCUGAGAACUUGGAAGAUCCACAUGGUGCGGGUGGAGACAGCUCAGACAGCACUCUGGGGAGUUCAGUAACUGCUUGUAAGAAGGUACUGUGCAGCAGUAGCUUGCUAGAAUCCACAGAGUACUGGUUGCGAAAUGAAGGGGCACUGUGCCGAAUUGGAUUUAUGGAAGACAAGACUGACCACAGCUGUACCACAAUCUGUUUUGUGAAUCUUGAUGGUAACAGCGCAGAUUGCAGUGAUGAGAAAUUUACCCAGAAACUGGCCACUGUAUCCCCCGAUCUUCCGAAGCUUAUCGAUUCUCUGAAUGUGCGCCAACCCAAGGAAAAUGAAAUCUUCCUCCUCAGUGGGUUGGAUGCAUGUGAUAACCUCCAGACUGAUUCAGACUACCACCAGAGUUGCAGAGCAGCCAAUGUGUGCCUGGUCCAGUGUGCUAGAGAAAAGAAGAAAAAAAAACACCCUAGCUGUAUUAUUUAUGAAAUAAACAAGUUUCUGAUUGGACUGGAGUCCGGUCAGGAAAGACAAUUACAACUAGACCGGUCUGGCAUUCCCAGACCUGAGGAUGAUACCAAUCGCUCUGUGUCAUCAAUCGAAGAGGACUUCCUCACUGCAUCCGAGCACCUGGAUGAUGAGAGUGAGGAGGACGGCUUCAGAAAUGAUGGAGACAAUAAUGAUGCCACAGACCUCUUCUCAGAUGUCAGAAACACAGGAGAAAUGAGAUUAGGCAGCCAACCAAAUAAAAAGACCCCAUAUUCUGAAUCUGGGUAUGCAGCUGCAGGAGGCACGCUGCACAGCACUGAUAAACCCAUGAAGCAGCAUCACUGUAAUGUUCCACUUCCAGAUACAGUGGAGCACCAGGCUGACCACCAGAAAAAACAUCAAAGUACAUGUCAGAGGCAAUGUGCUGUAAGGAGUUCUGGUUCUGCUCAGCCAGGGAAAGCAACUAGAGAUGGACGCCACACUGUAAAUGUUGCUAACACAAGGCAAAGCAGCAAUGCACAGUCCGACAUGCAGUUUCCCCUGCAGAACACACAGCCGUCUGCAAGUCAUUAUGCUACAAACUUAGCAGAAUCAGUCCUUCAAGACGCUUUUAUAAAACUAUCCCAGGCUGAAGCUACAUUCACGACGGAGGCAGCUUUGAGUGUCUCUGCGGGUCAUACAAUACUGACAGCCAGUACAGAAGAGACAAAACCAACCCAGACAUGGGAUGAGCUUCCCAAGAUUGUGAUUGUUCAAAGUCCAGAUAACUGUGAGAUCACACCAGAGUGGCCGGGCACCCCAUCUUCCAAAACAAGCAACUGGACUGAAUCAGAGAAUCCCAGUGACAUUUCUAACCAAGUAAUGGAAGAGAUUGUGAAGCCAUAUAGCUAUUUAAGUGGUGGGCAUAUUCCUCAUCCUGUUGAAGUAGCUUUAGCUUGUGCAGCCAGUGUAAUUGGGACUAUUUCAAGUCCUCAAGCUACAGAAAAACUCAAGUUGGACCAAAGUGCAGCAGAUUUAAAUGUGAUUGUACCUGAGGAACAAACCAUGGAGAAGGAGGAAGAUGAUCAGAAGGAAUCAUCAGGCAUGGAUUUCUCCUUUUCUUCAGCUCUUUGUAGCAUGGCCCAGGUAGCCAGCGCAGUUGCAGUGGUUGGCCUCGAUGACACACCGGAGGAGAGCUAUUCUAUGUCUCGUGGGCUCCUGUCAGCAACAGAAGCCUCAACGGCCAUUACUCUUCACUGCAGCGUGGCGGUUGGCAGCAAAAUCAACCAGUUUACUGCAGGCAUUGCAGAAGUCCUACUUAAAGAAGCAUCUACAAUUCUAUCUGAGCCAGAUGUUUAUAAAAGCGUUGGAGACUUUUUGGAAUCCACUCACAACAAAAUAGUAGAGAGUGUUGCAAAACUGCAAAGCACUCAUUUAGAGGCAGACACGGAUGAUUUUGCACAAAUUCUAUCAGAUGCAAUUUUCAAGCUUUCAUUUGAACGAGCAAAAAAGAAAAAAGACCUAGAAAGCCCCAAUAAAGACAACAAUACUGUUUUAAACGCACAAGACAUUCUAGAAAGUACAAAUAAUUUGCUCUUUAAUAUGCUAUAUCUCACAUGUAAGAAGAUUGGUGACAUUGCAAAGCAUAAUAAUGGGUCAUUAGACUUAACUGAAGACAAAAGCUGUUCUACGGAUUGUGAAACAGUCAAGCAAAGCAGAGUACUGUCACACCAAUUAUCAGGUUUUCUCGACUCCAGCAAGUCUGAUAAUUGUGACAAUCACAAUAACCUAUUUCAAAGCAGUGAUAAACUGUCAGGCUUUACUGGAGUUAAGGAAGACAUAAUUGUUCAAGAGAAGGCAACGUAUAUGAAAGAAUCUGAACUCUGCUCUAUGUCACAAAGCAACAAAGACAACAGCUUGUCUUAUUCAAGUGAUACGAAGCGCAGGCCUAGUCAAGCAAAUAUGGCACCUCUCAUCAAAGACUGUACUAACCUUCAAGGCCAAUCCAAUAAUUACAACUUAAAAUACAUUAAAUCCUCUUUAGAUAAUGACAAACCAAAGGCAGUUUCUGAUUUAAAUGAGCUUUCACAGGAACAGCACUUUAUUAUUCACAACAGUUCAACCACAGGCAUAGAAAAGCAGAAAGGCAGCAUGCUGGUGGAUAAUGAACAUAAAUUGUCUUCGUUAAACUCACAACAAUCUUUAUCAUCUCUUCUGCCUGUGGUCCUGCUAAAGCCAGCAUCAGAGAACAGAUCCCCCAUGAUUGGUUUUGCAGAGGAUCUAGCCACAACCGUAGUUUCGAUGGCAACAGAAAUGGCUGCCAUUUGCCUUGAAAAUUCAAACGGGAAGCAGCCAUGGUUCUGUGCUUGGAAAGGUGGACCAGAGAACCUUGAUAACUAUUUGGUGCCAUGCAGAACAGUUAAGAGGAAAAAAGAGACUCCGAGCAAUGCCUCCGUUGCCAAGAAACACAGGCCACCAAGACUCAGUGAAAUCAAAAGGAAAACGGAGGAGCAGCCAGAGUUAAAGGAACGGCUCAUGAACAGGGUUGUGGAUGAAUCGAUGAAUUUUGACGAACCUCCUGAUCCUUUCAGUGUCUUUGCCAAUGCGGUGACUGCAAAGAUUAUGAACUGUCCAGAGCUGUCUGUGGUUGAUACCUCAAAACAGGGUCAGUCUCAACCAAGGAACCGCUUACACUGUGACAGGUGGAGUAAAGGGAAAGCAUCAAGCUAUGAAAGUAUCCCAGAAGAGGAUGCCAAUUCUUCAAGCUUGAUCAACACUUUGGGACCAGGAACCAUGCUAGGUCAGAAUCUGAGCAGGGGAGGUUCCAUAUCCAAGCAAUCUAGCUGUGAAAGCAUCACAGACGAAUUCUCUAGGUUCAUGGUAAAUCAGAUGGAAAAUGAAGGCAGGGGCUUUGACCUGUUGCUUGACUAUUAUGCAGAACAAAACGCUGUUAACAUACUGAGCUCAGCAUUGCAGCAGGUCACCAAAAAGAAUGGGCAUCUCAAUGUAAGGUCAACAUGUCUGUCCAAACAGUCUAGCACAGAAAGUAUCACAGAGGAAUUUUACAGGUUCAUGAUCAAAGAAAUGGACAAUGAGAAUAAAGAUUACAGUGUAGCGAAAACUAAAGCAUGGAGUAACAGCUUCCUGGCCCCGUCUCCAAGAACAUCCUUCUGUGUCAGGCAGUCAUCAGUGCCAGACCGGAGAUCAUCAGACUCCAGACUUACCGUGAAUGCUCCAGUGAAAGCCAAUUCGUUUGAUGGCUUUGCCCGGAAUGUGCAUGCAGAUACCCUCAACAUAUACCCUGUUAACACAGUAUCGUCAACAGGCCUCUGCAAAUCGGAUUCCUGUUUGUACAAACGAGGUGGUACUGACCAGAUAACGGACAUGCUCAUACAUGAGACGUGGUCUAGUUCCAUUGAAUCUUUAAUGCGUAAAAAUAAAAUUAUUGUGGACGACGAUGACAGCAUGGAUCUUGAUCAGCCUGAGAAUGGAUCACAGUCGCAUGUUGAACAAUUUGCAAGCAGGCUGGCCGCUGAUAUUAUUGAAAGAGGGACAUCUUUAAUUGGGGGGCAGCAGGACCCUGUUGAUUGCCAGCUGCCCAUCCCUGUGGCAGAAAAGAGACGGUGUUUCAGGAGCAAGACACAGUCACAUUUUAAGAAGCCUGCAUUAGACAAAAUCCAGUUGACCCAGGAUCAGAAGCCUACUGUAGCUAAUGAUUCUGCAUGCAUUGCCUCUCCUCCUCGCUGCCCAAGGGAAGUGCCUUUGAUUCACAUAGAGGCUGAUCAAAGGGAAGAGUUCAAUGAAGACAUAGCAGCUUCUGCUAUCGCUCCUGGGAAGCCGAAGACAGAGUGUCUGCCUGACGAGAAGCACCCAGAACUGUUGUGUCAAAAAAACAUAGAGCAACCUUCUAUAAAUCAGAGCAGCCCUGCAUGUUACAAGACUUUAGUAACUGCAGUAGCUGACAAGGCAUCGGUAUCAGAGGAAUGCCCCAACACCCUUAGCUGCAGCGAUGACAGCACAGGAAGCUGGUCGCAGGUCGCCAAUGAAGAAGACCCUCCUGAGGAUACCAGUAGCUAUUUACAGCUAAGUGAAGGCAAUGGGAACAGUAGUGCAUCCAGCAGCCUUGGUCUUGUGGAUCUCGAAGGUUUACAGGAAGCUGUUUCACCAUGCACAUUAAUAAGUAAAAUAGUGGAAGAAAAGAAGAUACUGAAAGAAAAUCAAUACAAUUUAGAUGAAUGCACAUCUGGACUAUCUGUAGGAACAAACAGCUGCCACAAGGACCAGCUGGUGAUGAACUUUGACCUGGAGCCUGAAUGUGUGGACUCAGAGCUUCGGGCUACCUUACAAUGGAUAGCUGCUUCAGAGCUUGGGGUUCCAACCAUCUACUUUAUCAGAUCUCAGGAAAAGAGGAUAGAAAAGUUCCUGGAUGUGGUGCGUUUUGUUCAGCAGAAGGCUUGGAAUGUUGGUGACCUCUUCCGUGCAAUUGUUCAGUAUUGCAAACUACAAGAAGAAAAUGCUGAUGCUGUUUCAAGCCUUUUUGACUGGCUCCUGGAUUUGAGCUAAGUAAACAAAUUUACAUUUAAACAGAUUUGAUAUCAGCUCACUUUUAGCCACAUCAUGGGCUUUAUUUUAAUGAUCCUAACAAUGACGGCAUUUAGGGCAGUGUUAUUAAGAAUAGAUAACCCAGCAUUCUUUGGCAUUUUUUAAUGUGUUUAGUGAUUUUAAUUCUGACCAGUGAUACAAGUUUAUUACAUGAUCUACCAAGUUUUUUAAUAUGAUUGUUUCUUGCAUUGAAAUUAACAGGUUAUGAAUAAUAUACUGGAAAAAGGUAAUCGCUAAAGCUAAUUUGUGACUUUUAGGGUUGUGGUAUCAAGACCCACUGCUGUUUAGAUCAUUAAAAUAGAACCAAACAAGAUGAAAGAUUUUAAUGUGUUCACUUUCAGUUGUCAAAAUUCAAAAUAACAAUUUGGUGUUCUGGAUAAAAACAAUUAUAUGUUCAAAUACGAUUCUAUAUUAAUAACUGUUUGCAGGUGGAGUGAACAACAUCAUUGGGUGGCGUUUGCAGUUUCACACCAACUUCUUUGUUAACACAGAACAAAGAUUAGGAUUAUUAUUAAAAUACAGGAUGGAUUUAACAAGAUCUCCUGAUGUUUAUAUUGUUAAAACACUGUCCCACUGUGUUUAAAUUGUGCAAGGUUUAUUAAGAAUGUAACGUAUGUCCUUGGUCUUGUUAGAAACUGUGACCUGAUUAGUUUAAAUAGGCAGAAAGAACGCUUGUUAAUUUUGAAGAUGGUGACAUUCAUUUGUAAAUUGAAGAGGUUUCUGAAACUUUGAGUGCAAAAUUAAAUGAGCACGCACCUUCUAAGGUUAUCAUGAUACUCUUACUAAAACAAUGCACGAAAAACUCUAAAAAAAGUUGUGGUAAUAAUUGGUCAAUUUCAACAAACUUGAGAAUGUGGCCUUUAGUCUGUACUAAGUACUAGCUGGUAUCUGCAGAUCAUCUUUAGCUCUUACUAUCUAAGAACCAAUUGCAAUGAAAAAACACAGAGAACAAAGGUCACGAUCAGUUGAUCCCCAGCUUUAGUCCAGACCUCAGGGAUAAACUGAUCAUGUCUACUUCGUGUAUGGGAAAUACAUUUAUUAAUACACUUCCUGUGAAAACAAAGAGGCACAUUUUACAGUAACAAAACCUAUUUUAAAAGGUAUUAAGGUAUCUUUUCAGCACUGAAGAGGGUGAGACAUAUAACAAGGUGUCAAUUAAAUGUAUCUGUAACACUCACUACAAAGAUGUUUAGUACUGUAGUUGAAAAGAAUAGUUAUCAGAAAUGCAAGAAACGGUCCUAUCAGAAUUACUAUCCAAACAUUUGUCUAAUUUUAUAACAAUGUUUCUUUGUAGUACCAGUCAAUAAAAUCCAGCAGAUUGCAAAUAUCAUUUAAGUGCAACCUUUUAAUCAUGUGACACAUGUUUUUACAAUUACAAUGUUAGUAUCAGCAGAUACAAUGGACGGAAUUUAAAUGAAUUCGGUGUACGGUCAGAAUUAUGUUUAGCUCAAUGCUUUAUUAAAUAAAAAAUAACCACUUUGCUUAGUAUGUUGAAAUAGACAUCAAACGGUUAUAUUCAUGAGUUACAAGUUAGUACAGCUCUUAGUCGAAAGAAUCACUGAACUUACUUAAUAAUUGGUUUACAAUCCUCUCGGGGGUAGACGACUAAUACAUUGUGUUUGUGGCAAUUGAAAACACCUGCAGACUAUUUGCAGGCGCUUGAUUAGUUGAAACUGUCUUGAAGGCUAUAGUGCUGAGAACGUACAAACCACAGGAUCAUCCUCAGUUAGUACGCUACUUUUAGUUUGUUGCAAUUGACCAAAUUAGUCCAAUUUUAAAUGCUUGCUUUAGUUCAGAAUCUGCAGAUUUGUACCACCAAAAGUCUUCUAAACUCUUACUCGUAACUUAAAAAACUGUGAUAAAUGAUGUCAUUUGUUUACUCUUCAUGAUUAGACUUUUUUUUUUUUAAAGCUUGAGUUGCAUCAGUAAUCAAACUAUACAAAAUGUAUGUAUAAUUAUUAACAUUUGGGCAUCAAUUUUUUUAAAUUAAAUCUGUUUUGAAGACCUGUGGUUGCGUUGUGCACCUGUAAUAAAGAAACAGAAUUUCCCAUGUAUACAGUACAUGAAGGGAAGUGUUUAAUAUGGAGAAGCUGUGCUUGGUUGAUGUUUAUUUUAACUACUUUAUGUACAAAACAUUUUGUAAUUUGGAGAUUUCAUUCAAGUAUUCUUGUUAACCGUGCACCAUUUUAUUUUGAAUUCAUAGUUAUUUAUUUAACUGUACAUACUGUAUAUUUUGGAUUAUUGCACCUUUGACAGUGUAUGUUCUUCUUUGGAGUUUUUAAAACUAAUGACUAGCAAAGCUAAACCUGUACUGUGUGAUCAAUGGUGUGGAUUACAUUUUGCAGUAUAAUGAACAACCUGUAUGUGGAACUAGUUUGUUAGUACAUGUUUUUGCUGUAAUAAUAUGGUAAUGUUUUAUCAGCAUUUAAAGCUCACACACACACACACACACACACACACACACACACACAAACUGACUGUCAAGUGUCAAAAAUAUUUCUGUAGUAUUGAAUGUAAUAUUUUGAAAUUAAUAAAUUUAUGUCAUGCA